ACGAAGAAGAAGAAGAAGAAGCAGCGGCAGUUUCCGUCUUCACUCUGUGGUGUGUGAUACUUCACUUUUAAUUUGUAAGUCAUGGACAUACGACCGAAUCACACCGUCUACAUCAACAAUGUCAAUGACAAAAUCAAGAAAGAAGAUUUGAAACGAUCACUGUACUCAUUAUUCUCCCAGUUCGGCCAGAUUCUGGACAUUGUUGCUCUGAAGACGGCGAAGAUGAGGGGCCAGGCGUUUGUUAUCUUCAAAGAGCUUUCUGCAGCCACAAAUGCCCUCAGACAGCUUCAGGGUUUCCCUUUCUACAAUAAGCCCAUGCGAAUCCAGUAUGCAAAAACCGACUCCGACGUCAUCAUGAAGAUGAGAGGCACGUAUGGAGAUAAAGAAAAGAAGAAAGAGAAGAAGAAGAAAGCUCAGGAACAGGCGGCGAAUGUCAACAAGAAACCAGCGGGGACUGUAAACACACAACCACCUGCACCUGCCACAGUCCUGGUCCCUGACAACCCACCAAAUUAUAUUCUGUUCCUGAAUAAUCUUCCAGAAGAGACCAAUGAGAUGAUGCUCUCUAUGUUGUUCAACCAGUUUCCAGGCUUUAAAGAGGUUCGUCUGGUCCCUGGAAAACACGACAUUGCGUUUGUUGAGUUUGAGAGUGAAGCUCAAGCCGGAGUCGCGAAAGAUGCACUACAGGGUUUCAGAAUUACAGCUACAUGUGCUAUGAAGAUCACGUAUGCCAAAAAGUGACCUCGCCCACUGCCAUGCCCACACUGGAAACCGGAACUGUAAUAGACUGUAACUGAGGCUCUAAUCUGUGGAUACUCGGUUCUGAUAUGCGUUUGCUCUUUCAUUCAAUCAAAUGUAAGAUUUCUGCUCAGCGGCUGUGUAGUAUUUUCAGUUUUAUUUUGUAUUUUUUGUAUGAAAAUUAUUUGGCCACCGAGGAUAUUAUAAAUUUCAGGUCAGAUGUUUAUUUUGUACUGUAGAUUACUAAAAGUAGCUUCUACAAUACAUGUUGGCCCACCCUACAUUUUUCUUCAUAUAUUUUCUGAGAUGAUGUGAGUUUUGUCACUGUUUGUGUUGCUAAAAUCUUACUUUAUUGCUCCUUAGUCAUUAUAACUAAGAGCUAUUUCUAACUGAACAUUCAAUUAAUGUCUCUCUGACAAUAUAUUCCUGGGGUGCAUCGUUUGUGCAGUUGUAAUCUGUCAGGCAUGAGCACUCUGUACUCACAGACUAUGAUUGGAAUAGUUGAUUUGGCACAGAAUGGUGAGACAUUUGUAGGCGUCAGCACUCACACACUAAAUUAUGUUCUGUAGUACAACUUAUGAAUUUGUGAACAAGCUGAUAGAUACAUCAAUAACAGGAGCAUGUUGUAGCACUGUGUGUUAUAGUUAUAAGUCUCAUUUAUUUCAAAAUCUGCUAAUCUAUGGUUACACGACAGACACUGUUGAACAUUUUAACUACAGAAUGUGCUAUGUGGGUUAGAGAUAAACUUCCAUUUGUCUAAGAAAGAAAAUGCAUCCAUGCUUCCUUGUUGGGAGGAAUGUGUGUUUCCGUUUAAGCAAACUUGUGAAAAUUAUCGUUGAGCAGCAGAAUGUUUGUGACCGAUUGAUUUAGUUUUUUUUUUUUGUUUAUCAGAGACUGGCCUCAUAAUUUAAGCAGCUGGGUAUGUGACCUUAGAGGUGACUGACAUUUUCAGACGUGCUGUUUUUAUAAUGUCACAAUGGGAGGUUUGCAUAAUGACUGACUAAAAAAAAACUAAAUUAGUCCUAGUGCAUAACCUCCCCCCCCCCCACUAACUAUCAUUUCAAAAAUAAAUAAAUAUAUAAUGAAUGGGGCAAUCAAGGAAAUCUCCAUUUAAAAACUGUUUUGAUAAGUAGGAUGAAUGGAAGAGAAAAAUAUCUGUUAAUUCGAUCUUCUUUAGGUCGCCAUGUCUUUUUAUGCCUUCCUAUUUCAAUGGCCAGUUGGUGGUCACUUAGUCUGUAUUUGGUUAAUAGUUGUCUAUGUUUGGUAUUUCUGACCAAGAACAGAUAUUCAGCAAGUCUAUACCCUUUGUUGAGUUGAAGGUAAUAUUGUAGGUGACUUUGUGUUUUGUUUGUUCCCUCCAAUGUUCCAUUUACAGUACUGUGCAAAAGUUUUAGGCACUUGUGAAAAAUGUUGCAUAGUGAGGAUGUCUUCAAAAAUAAUGCCAUAAAUAGUUUUCAUUUAUCACUUAACGUCAUACAAAGUCCAGUAAACAUAUAAAAAGCUAAAUCAAUAUUUGGUGUGACCACCUUUGCCUUUAAAUCAGCCCCAAUUCUCCUAGGUACACUGGACACAGUUUGUCAUGGUUGUUGGCAGAUAGGAUGUUCCAAGAUUCUUGGAGAAUUCAUCUCAGUUCUUCUAUAUAUUUUGGCUGUCUCAAUUGCUUCUGUCUCUUUAUGUAAUCUCAGACUGACACGAUGUUCAGUGGGGGACAUGACAUUUGGUGCAGGGCUCCCUGUUCUUCUAUUCUAUUUGCAAAAGGGAUGUUUGGGAGUCUAAAAUGUAUAUUUUCCUAUUGACACACUAAAGCUGAAGAUAUAAAUAACCAUCUUAAGACAAAAAUGUUGUGAAACAUCUGAUGUGCCUAAACGUUUUGCACAGUACUGUAUAUAUCGGUUUGGAGAUUAAUUAUUUCUUUUAUUCUUAUUAGUUGUUUUGAGUUGAUUUUGGGUUCUUUGUGAGUUGUGACAGUAGUAGGCAGAGAGGACUUUGUGGAUUGAGUUCUUGUGUUUUCAGUGCUUUAUAAUGAAGGGUAUCUUUAGAACUAGAGUUUAAGUGAAUCCAAAACUUUAACAUUCUUUUUGUAAUAUUUAAGUUGAGGGGUAGACGGCCUUGUUCUGCUCUACAUGCAUCACUGGGUGUCUUUCUGUGGACAUGAAGGACACUUCUACAGAAUUCUACAUGUAAACCUUCUAUAGGAUGUUUGUCCCAAGCAUUAUGGCUGUAAUUACUUAAUGUAAACCAGACUUCCCUUCCAUAUAAAGUAAUGGGGAGUAUGACACUAUCAAAUAUCUUUGUCCAAAUUCUUACCGGAAUGUUUAUUUUGAAUAAUUUCAUUUUUAUGGCAUCCAUUGCUCUGCGGGCUUUUGUAAUUAAUGUUUUAAUUGCUGAAUUAAAAUUUCCAGAGGGGGUUAAGGUAAGUCCUAGGUAAGUAUAUUGUGAGGUAUGUUGAAGUGUGGUAUCAUUUAAAGUAAAUUUGUAUUUUUGUUCCAGAUUUCUUUUUUUUUUUCCUGAAAUAUCAUAAUUUUCAUUUUUUGGAUGUUGAUUUCUAGGGCUCAGUUUUGGCAGAAUUGGUUUAGGAUGUCUAGAUUGUUUUGGAGACCUUCUGGUGUUUUAGAUAAAAUUAAUAGAACAUCUGCAUUCAGUAAAUAUUUGACUUCCGUGUCCUGUAGUUCUGAGUGACUCCAGUCAGGUCUACUAAGCAAACAAAUUGGCCGGUUGCUAGGGAGGGUAGAGUCACAUGGGGUAACCUCCUCGUGGUCGCGAUUAGUGGUUCUCGCUCUCAGUGGGCGCGUGGUAAGUUGUAGAGUAGCAUGUGGGGUCUCCGCGGUGUCAUGCACAGCGAGCCACGUGAUAAGAUGCGCGGAUUGACAGUCUCAGAAGUGGAGGCAACUGAGACUUGUCCUCCGCCACCCGGAUCGAGGUGCGUAACUGUGCAACCAUGAGGACCUACAAAGUAGUGGGAAUUGGGCAAUCCAAAUUGGGGAGAAAAGGGAAUAAAAUAAUAAUAAUAAUAAAGUUGGGCUGAGGCAGCAGCCUUGUCUUACCCCUCGAUGUUGGGAAAAAUAUUUUCUUUUCUGACCAAUUUUUACUGCACUUUUAUUUUGGGUGUACAUAUUUUUUAUUGUCAUAUACCUUACCCCCUGUGCUGCUUUGAAUAAUUUUAUAUAAUAAACCUUUAUGCCAAA